CUCUCGUCACAGCAAGACUGCGUCAAACUGGCUCUUGCCAAGUCACCCUGCCAGCCGACAAAUGCAACCUGCGUAUGCACGAACCCAACGCUCCAACAGACCAUGCAAGGAUGCGUCUUGCAAAGCUGCACAAUCAAAGAGGCCCUAUCAACAAUGAAUCUGACGGCCACGAGCUGCGGCCGACCCAUCAGAGACAAAUCGCCCGAAUACAUUGCCAUCACCACCGUUCUGGGCGUCUUGUCUGGCGCAUUUGUACUCCAGCGACUGUUAUACAAGCUCUGGGCCAAGUUGGGCCUGGGGGCUGAUGAUUACAUGACCCUCGCCCUUAUCCUAUGGGGCAUCCCGAGUACCGUCAUCAGUACGCACGCCAUAACGAGGCCCGGACUGGGCCGUGAUAUCUGGACCCUGACGCCCGAGCAAAUCACACGCUUCGGCCUCUACUUUUGGUUUCUGGAGUGGGCAUACUUCGUAGAAGUCAGCAUGCUCAAGCUCAGUCUUCUUCUCUUCUACAUCCGCAUCUUCCCGAGCCCUGGCGUGCGUAGGCUACUCUGGGGAACCUUCAUCUUCAGCGUCAUCUUUGGUCUCGUCUUCACCUUUAUCGCGGCAUUUCAGUGCACGCCGGUCAAGUAUUACUGGGAAAAGUGGGAUGGGGAGCACCAAGGCAAAUGCUUUGACAUCAACGCUAUUGCCUGGUCAAAUGCUGCCAUCAGCAUAGCGAUUGACAUCUGGGUGCUGGCUAUCCCUCUGUGGCAGCUCAAAAGCCUGAAUCUUGACUGGAGACGCAAGAUUGGCGUUGCCGUCAUGUUCUGUCUCGGUGCUUUCGUUACCAUUGUGAGCAUCUUGCGUCUCAAGUCUCUCAUUCAAUUCGGCACCGAUAGCCUGAAUCCCACCUGGGACUUUCUCGACAUCAGCCUGUGGUCCGUCGUGGAGAUUAACGUCGGGCUCAUCUGCGUCUGCUUGCCAGCUUUCCGCCUUUUGCUUGUCCGCAUCUUCCCCAAGCUGCAGGGCUCGACGGAACGGUACUACGGAAAGAGCUCGAGGCGGAAUCGAACUGCAACCAAUCCGCGGUCAAGCCGACUUCCCUUGGGACAUAGUGCCGGAUCGCAAGUAGACAGGUCACAGCCUCAUCCCAAUAUCGAGGGCAACCGGAUUGGUUAUCAGACGUCAUACACGGUUGAGUAUGGCGAGACUGAUGAAGUCCAGCUGGUGUCCCUGAAUGACAAAUUCAGCGCGAGGUCAGACGUUAGAUCAGAUGUAUCAUAG